AUGACUCCUUAUACUGCUAAAUGGGGCAUCUUGGCUACCGGUGGCAUCGCUGAGUGCUUCACUAAAGACAUUCUUACAGACCCGGCCGCUCGCGAUGUCAACGAUGUACAGCAUGAGAUUGUCGCUGUUGCCUCAUCCAGCUCCGUCGAUCGCGCACGCGACUUUAUCAAGAAGAUUGACGGCCCCUCAUCAGCGGCGGUCUACGGCUCCUACGCUGAGCUAGUCGCCGACCCAAGCGUUGACAUCAUCUAUGUUGCUACACCUCACAGCCACCACUUCCAGAAUGCUAUGCUGGCCCUCGAAGCCGGCAAGAAUGUUCUUUGUGAAAAGGCACUCACCGUUACUGCUGCACAGACCCAGAAGCUGUAUGAGGUCGCCAAGUCCAAGAACCUCUUCUUUAUGGAGGCUGUCUGGACACGAUACUUCCCUCUCAGUAUCAAGAUUCGAGAGUUGAUCCAGUCUGGUACCAUUGGUACUGUUUAUCGUACAUUCGCCGACCUCUCGUUCAACAAGAAUACUGAUAGCCAGGAUCUUGACUUUCCUGAUUCCAACCGCAUGGUCAAUCCUGAUCUUGCAGGUGGUGCUUUACUCGAUCUCGGCAUCUACUCCUUGACCUGGGUCUUCCAAUCUCUCUAUCAUGUCCAGCCCGAGACCGAAAAGGAGGCUCCAAAGGUUGUAGCCUCCAUCAACAAGUAUCGCACAGGUGCCGACGAGUCCACGAGUAUCAUCUGUCAGUUCCCUAAGCACAACUCUGUUGGUAUUGCGACUACCUCACUGCGCAUCGCUACCGACGUCGAUGGUCUUUACACUGGUGGCCCCGCGAUCCGUAUUCAGGGCUCCAAGGGUGAAAUCCAGGUUACUGGCCCUGCAUUCCGGCCGACCGAGUACAAAGUGAUCAAGUCGGACGCCAAUGGCAAGGUGGAAGUAGUGAACUGCCCAAUUCCUACAGAUCCUAAGCGCAACAACUGGGGCCACGGUAUGUUCUGGGAGGCGGAUGAGUGUGCACGUUGCCUACGGGAUGGUAAAAAGGAGAGUGCUUCGAUGCCUUGGUCAGAGAGUAUAGUCAUCAUGGAGGUCAUGGACAGCGCACUCAAGCAGGGCGGCGUUUCCUACCCCGAUCUCAUCACCACUGAUGUCUUCGACCCCAACAGUCCUCUCAAUACUGGCAAAAAAUGA